AUGGGGAAGUCACAGAAGAAACGGUCCAUGCGUCGGCACAAUCCCAUGCGGGUGCCAGAUUCACAUCUUCCCAAAGGUCUAGAAUCAGCAGCCUCGUCCUCCCCCAAAAAUGAAGCUGUAUUGCCUAUCAUCCAAAAGUUAGAGAAUCCGGACGCUUCUGAACGCAAGUGGGCAUGCGUCGCGGUAUCCAACCUCAUACAAAACGAUCCAUCUACGCGACGGUUGUUACAAGGAAAAAAUGUAGUUGGAGCGCUUAUCACGCGUCUAUCUGAUAGCGAAGAGGAAGUCUGGAUCGAAGCUGCUGGGGCACUAAGAAAUCUGUGCAUUGAUGGAGGGUACGAUAUAUGCGCAGAAAUGUACAAUAAAAAUAUACUGGCUCCCCUUAAAGCAUUUGUGCCGAAGAUAUCGAGCGCACUCUCACAGUUUCUAGAGUCACCCAAGACGGCUCCAGAGAACGCGCAAAAAGUGGUGUAUGAAUUUACCGAAAAUGUGAAUACUAUACUCUGGUGUCUUUCGGAGACAUCCAACAAGGCUCUAAAUGCCAUCAACCAAAUUAACCUUGUUCCUUUCUUGAUGUCCUUCCUGGCGGCUCGAGCAAAAUUACCCAUAGCUACUGUUACUGCCGCAGCGCAAUGCCUGUACGUCCUAACGGAUGACAAUCAGCCAGCAAUAGAUGAGCUUCGGUCAAAUGCGGCGUACAGCACGUGUUUACUCGAAAUUGUACACGAUGAAGACGGUGUAAAGGAUAAGAAGAUAAUUUGGGAUAGAAUAACCACGUUGAAAGUGUUGUCAAGUGGUAUUUUGAGCAACGUUUCACCCUUCCCUCCCCCUAGUUCCGCGUCAGGGGUCGAUGUUGGCAAGGAGAUUGUCCUUCCACUGCUUCAGCCAGUGGUGGCUUCUGUAUCUCUUACUGAGUCAUCAGAGCUGGCUGAGAGUCUCGUAGUAAAAUUAGCACUGGAACCUCCUCAGAUCGAAAAAUUAUCUCUCAAAAAUGCUCCAAAGUCAGAUCAUAGGUCUGAUACUGAGGUCGAACUCGACCGUCUGGAGAACAAAUUACGCACUGUCCAGCUCGCACUAGAAAUUUUGACUGGCAUGUGUGCAACAUUACCUGACCCUGAGCCCAUCCCUGAGUUGCAGGAAGGCGAACCAGAUGCAGAAGAAGAUGAAGACAAUGACGGUGUGAUAGAAGAGGAUGUGACCGAUGGCAUGGCCCUCGACGAUAUACCGAUCACCAAUGGCAUAACAACCGCAAGUCAUCUGCCUGCGCUCGUAGAACCUCUCAUUACUCUUAUCCAACCCGUCAGGCUGUCAUUUCCUCCUGCAGCCGGACAAUCUUCGCACCCACCGACAACGUCCGUACUGAGCGCGAUUCACGUUAGCGCACUUGAGUGCUUGAAUAACAUAUUUCUGUCGUUGAGUGCAUCUCCAAGUUCUGGAUUAGCCGCAGCGUCCACGAGUGGAAAACAGAUAUGGGACGGCGUUUGGGCAGCACUUGGGAGUGUAGGCACGGAAAUCACACGCGGCCAAGAACGUAAACAGGAAAUGUGGGAGAUCGGAGUGGGUGUGCUCUGGGGUGUUGGUAAUAUCUGGAAGGGAAGCUUGGUGCCCAACGAAGAUCAGAUCCAGUUAUUGAUUCAGCUUUGCAACUCGAGCACUGAUCCUGCUAUCCGCGUAAAAUGCAUCGGCACGCUUGAGUGCCUGGCGCAGCAUCCACAAUCUAUUGAUGCUAAUCGCGUUAUUGCGAUGCACUUGCUUUCCAUCCUCCCAACGUCCACGGCAUCUUCGACGUAUGGCACCGAGCCACUGAUCCAAACACUGUCGGCUCUUAUCGACAUCUAUUCCGAUGAGAAUCUCCCAUACGAUGUCAAUUUCCGGCAAGGCAACUUCGUGCAGCGUCUUGUAGAUAGCGUUGAGGGGGUGCGUAAAGCCGUGCGGGCAAUUGACAGGCGGAAGGAGCGAGAUUUGAAACUGAGAGGAGAGGAGAUGCGAGACAAUCUAAUUGCCUUCAUCAAAUACCGAAGGGCCUUGAGAUGUUGA